CCAAAUAAGAACCAAUGAAAAGCUGGUUCCUGACUCCACCCCUAGGAAAGCUUAUAAAAGCUUUGGCGUUGGUCGUCCCUUCCUUUGUUGCGGAUUUGUAAGCUGUUUCCAGUAUUUUUCCCUGGUGUGCGCGGUAAACGUAAGUGAUGUCUGGCCGUGGCAAACAAGGGGGCAAGGCCCGCGCUAAGGCCAAGUCGCGCUCAUCCCGCGCCGGCCUACAGUUCCCGGUUGGCCGCGUGCACCGCCUGCUGCGCAAGGGCAACUACGCGGAGCGUGUGGGCGCCGGCGCGCCGGUGUACAUGGCGGCCGUGCUGGAGUACCUGACGGCUGAGAUCCUGGAGCUGGCGGGCAACGCGGCUCGCGACAACAAGAAGACGCGCAUCAUCCCGCGCCAUUUGCAACUAGCCGUGAGGAAUGACGAAGAGCUUAACAAGCUGCUGGGCAAAGUGACCAUCGCCCAGGGCGGCGUCCUGCCCAAUAUCCAGGCUGUGUUGCUGCCUAAGAAGACGGAGAGCCACAAGGCCAAGAGUAAAUAAAGCGGGACGCCAAAACAAAGAC